CAAAGCCACAUCUCCCCACCCUCCUAUCUUCCACCGAGAGGCGCCGGAGGACCGCUUUAGCCUAGAGUAGCCUCAAGGCGCUGGGGGAGGGCGGAGCUAGUGGACGCUUCCGCUUCCUGUCCAGCGGUGGAUCAGCGGCGGUUGGAGUGCGACAUGGCAACCACGGCAGCGACCACCAAGGUUCCCGAGGUGCGGGAUGUGACAAGAAUCGAGCGUAUUGGUGCUCACUCCCACAUCCGAGGCUUGGGAUUGGAUGAUGCUCUGGAGCCCAGACAGGUGUCCCAGGGAAUGGUGGGGCAGCUGGCUGCCCGGCGAGCCGCUGGUGUGGUGCUGGAGAUGAUCCGGGAGGGAAAGAUAGCCGGCCGGGCAGUGCUCAUUGCUGGGCAGCCUGGCACAGGGAAGACAGCCAUUGCCAUGGGCAUGGCCCAGGCCCUGGGACCUGACACACCUUUUACCGCCAUUGCUGGCAGUGAAAUCUUCUCUUUGGAGAUGAGCAAGACAGAGGCUCUGACCCAGGCUUUCCGGAGGUCCAUUGGGGUCCGAAUAAAGGAAGAGACAGAAAUCAUUGAAGGAGAGGUGGUGGAGAUCCAGAUUGACCGUCCUGCUACAGGCACUGGCUCCAAGGUGGGAAAGUUGACGUUGAAGACAACGGAGAUGGAGACUAUCUAUGAUCUGGGCACAAAGAUGAUUGAGUCCCUCACCAAGGAGAAGGUCCAAGCAGGGGAUGUCAUCACCAUUGACAAGGCCACAGGGAAGAUAUCCAAGCUGGGGCGCUCCUUCACCCGUGCCCGGGACUAUGAUGCUAUGGGUUCCCAGACCAAGUUUGUUCAGUGCCCAGAUGGGGAACUUCAGAAGAGGAAGGAGGUCGUGCACACGGUCUCUCUCCACGAGAUCGACGUCAUCAAUUCGCGCACACAGGGCUUCCUGGCGCUCUUCUCAGGCGAUACGGGGGAGAUCAAGUCGGAGGUGCGGGAGCAGAUCAACGCCAAGGUGGCCGAGUGGCGAGAGGAGGGCAAAGCGGAGAUCAUUCCAGGGGUGCUGUUCAUAGAUGAGGUCCACAUGCUGGACAUCGAGAGCUUCUCCUUCCUCAACCGGGCGCUGGAGAGCGACAUGGCCCCUGUGCUCAUCAUGGCCACCAACCGCGGUAUCACCAGGAUCCGGGGCACCGGCUACCAGAGCCCCCAUGGCAUUCCCAUUGACCUGCUGGACCGGCUGCUCAUUGUAUCUACUGCUCCUUAUAGUGAGAAGGACACCAAGCAGAUUCUCCGAAUCCGGUGUGAGGAGGAGGAUGUGGAAAUGAGUGAAGAUGCCUACACAGUGCUGACGCGUAUUGGGCUGGAGACCUCUCUGCGCUACGCCAUUCAGCUUAUCACAGCUGCCAGCCUGGUGUGCCGGAAGCGCAAGGGCACCGAGGUGCAGGUAGAUGACAUCAAGCGGGUGUACUCUCUCUUCCUGGACGAAUCUCGGUCCACACAGUACAUGAAGGAGUACCAGGAUGCUUUUCUCUUUAAUGAGCUAAAAGGUGAGACCAUGGAUACCUCCUGAACCUCCUGGACAGAUCUGCACAAAUUUCCUCCCACUUCCUCUCUGUUUUUCUACCCGGGUUGUGACAUUCUGACUUUCUAUAAAAUUGUUCUGGAAACCUCA